CUUAGCUCAUCACCACAAUGUCCUUGUGGCCUUGCUGGCUCGCACGGUCGACGGCCGUCUCGUCGACAGGCAUCUUGUUGAAUCCGCCGCUGCCGACGGCCUUGGCGAUGGCAUCGAAAUUCAACACAGCCUGCACCACCGACACAAAGACUCCAGACGAGACACAGGUCUGUGUGAGGGCUGGGGUGCGUACCGCGGCGUAAUUGCGUUUGUCAGUUUCGUUAUUGUCGAGGUAUCUCGGGUCGGCCUCGAUGCGCUUCUCGAUCUCGUCUAGUGCGGCAUCGAGCUUCUGGGCCUGCUGGGCCAGCAUCGCCUUGUCAUACUGAGAAAGCGGGCCCUUAACACACACAUACGCAGAGAGAGUAGAGAGGGGCACACACACAGACGUCUCUAUUGUGCGUACGUGUUGUGUGUCGACAACCACUGAGGUGAGCUCUUUCAUGUCCUUCUCGUCGAUAAAUAUGCGGUGGGUCUUGCGGGUCACGUCAGACGCAUAGGAUAUCUCAUACACAUGGCCGGCACGGGCAAGACGACCCAUCGCCUCCAUCUCCACACUGUACUCACACCCACACAGACCGGAAUCAAACGCAUCCAUCCAUUGGUGGUGGCCAUCUGUGCGCACCUAUAUGCGAUGUCCGCCCCACCCGGGGCACUCUGCUGAUUUGGCUGCUCUGGCUCUGGCUCAGCCUCCGGCUCCUGCUGUGGAGCUGACGGCGGGGGCAUCGCGGCAGAGUGGUGGUGGUGGGCCUGCUCAGAAAACUUGACGAGCUCACAUUCGCCCGAGGCCGUGUCUGUGCAUGCUGGUGCUGACGGGGGGAGGUCCUGUCGGGGCGGCAGAUGCAGCUGCUCCGUCCGAUGCUGCAACCGCUCCGUUCGAUGCAAUGCAACGGGCGGGAUGGGGGGAAUUGGCGGGAUGGGCGGGAUGGGCGGGAUGGGCGGGAUGUCGGCCGCCGCACCAGAGGGCGCGCACACCGCCACCAAUACCAGAGACAGCAGGCUCACCAGCAACACUGCACCCAUUGCAGCAAGACAUGCACAGACAAACACGGUCCACAGUGCUUGUUCCCCUGCUUACCUCUGGGGCCACGCUCGGGCGCCUGGAUCUCCUCUUUGUGGCACUUGUUCCGGCCGCCAUGGCCAUGCCGAUGUCCCUCCCGCACAUACGUCCCGCCCCCCCUCGCGCGCCCGCCGCCCCCGCCAGCAGCCUUCACCUCCCGCAUCACCAUGCCGCGAGAGGGCACCUCACACACAUCCUCACGCGGAGCAACCUGAACCUCCUUCAGCACCGCCCCGCGAGAGGCCGGGGCCUCACGCGCAGCGGCCUGGAUCUCCUUCAUGACCUUCCCGCGGCUGGGCGCGGUGGCAAUGGAGAUCUCCUCCAUCACACGACCGCGGCUGGGAGCGGGAGCGUCCGAUACGCGGUUCUCAUUGCUGUUCAUGGAGAUCUCUUGCAUGAUGUGGCCGCGGCCGGGCGGCGAGGCGGUGAAGAUGCUGGAGAGUGCGGCAGAUCUGGUGGGCGGGGCGGGCGCCUCCUCGUCGUAGGUUGGGAAGCCCGGGUGGGCGGAGUCGCCACACGGAGGGGAAGCCUUCUCCUUACUGAACAUUGCACACCGG